AUGACAUCGGUUCGAUCGAACGGCAAUUCUUCCAACUUGGACGUUGCUACACUUACAAGUUUUGGUUAUAGACCUUUCGAAGAAGAUAAUGAAAAUGUAAUAUCGAAAUUAUUUCAACGCGUAAAGAGUUCUUUCGUUGUAUCCCCUGGUACCUCGAACGUAAAUACCUCUACCGAGCCUCUCGAAAUUUCUUCAGCAAAACCUUCUCAAGACCCUGAUUUUGAACCAUCGAGAAGUACUUCUUCGCUAUUGUUACCGGAUAAAGAAAAUAAAGGGUUUAAACACAGUGUUACGCCUGCUCCUCCCGUUGUUUCAAUAGAACCUUUACUUGGAAAUGUUUCUCCAAACAUUUUGGUAGAGUCUGCUGAAGGUAUUCAAGAAUAUGUUAACGGUACUGUAAAUGGGUCCAAUACUAGUUUAAGUUUAGUUAAUGGUGUUAGUAAUCCACAAAACAGUCAGGAGGGGUUCGAGCCGGGCAAUCAAAACUCCUAUCCUAUUUAUAAAGAUAUUUCGGAUACUCGAUCUAUUCGAUCCGUUCAAACAAUUGCUUCUACUGGGAAUAAUUCCGGCUAUUCUUUUAGUAAAGUUAUUAGAAGAUUACGUGGCGAAGGCGUAAAUAAAGGUUAUUGGAUGGCUGAUGAUUCCUGUAAAGAAUGUUAUGAAUGUAAAGUUACUUUUACCAUAGUCCGAAGAAAGCACCAUUGUCGAAUAUGUGGUCAGAUUUUCUGUUCUAAAUGUGCUUCAAAUAUAAUACCUGGUGAAAAAUUCAAUUAUGAUGGUGCAAUGCGUGUUUGUAAUUUUUGUCGACAACUUAUGAAAGAGUACGGCGAGGAUUCUGAUCCCGAAGCAGAUUAUUGGACCGAAAAAAAUGAUUCUUCAAACAAUGCUCUUCCAAGAAUACAUUAUACUCCACCUAUGUUAACCGAUAGUCCUAACAUUUCAUCAAAUACGACGUCUGAGCUAUCACCUUCAACCAUCAACUCCCACCUUUCUCCACGACCCCCUUCUCCUGAUACUCUCUCGUUGAAUGAUGGUUUAAGAAGAAUUAUUUCUGCUGGUUCAUCUUUAUUUAUGUCAAGGUCAAGGUCUAAUACCAUAACAGAGGAUCUUCACAUUGUCGGUUUACCUUCUUCUCCCGCUCCUUUUCGACGUAGUCUUACUGAAGAUGAUAAAAAUACUCCUGCUGCAAAUCCUGAAGCUGUCCUUGACCCCGAAAUCGCUCCCUUCAUGAGCGAUGACGAAGGAGAUGAUGAUGUCCAUUAUGAUUCUUUGACGAAUCCUUCAAAUGUGUUUAGUUUCGUUACUAGCAUAUUACACGUGGGUGGAAAUACCGAUUCCGCUACUCCGACUCCUGCCGUUUCAGAAUAUGCCGAUAGCGAUGAUGAAUCUAGUGAAUUCGGUUCAAGGUCUUCUCUUAAGGCUAUGCAGAAAGGUCAACGUGCUGAUGACAUAAGAAGUCAUUUCGCUAGAGAUAAAGGUUCUCCUUCACGGAGACGGAGUAUUAAUAAUAAUAAUCGUCCUUCCAGAAUGAGUAGAAGGAGUGGUUUGCUCAGACAAAUUAAUCCCAAUAAUAUACCUAUGGAAAUGUCUUGUUCAUUAGAGUCUAGACCUUCGUCUCCAUUUAGUAUGAGGCAUUCUCGGACUAUCUCUACCCAAACAAAGACUGAAAUAAGCCCAAUUUCCCUUCAACACAUGAGAAAAUUGCUACGUCAAUUUCUACGGGAAUCCGAAAUAGAUUUAUCUGAAGGUUGGGAAAAUGUGAUAAUGGGAUUGAUGACAAAAGUUUCUGACAAUCUAAAUCCAAACGUUCGUGGUGGUGACGAGAUUGAUAUUCGACAUUAUGUAAAAAUUAAAAGAAUUCCGGGUGGUACCCCUCAAGAUUCCGAAUAUGUUCAUGGCGUUGUGUGUGCAAAAAAUCUUGCUCAUAAACAAAUGCCAAGGACUCUUCAUAACCCUAGAGUUCUUAUUUUAACUUUCGCUUUGGAAUAUCAUCGUGUAGAGAAUCAAUUAAUGUCAUUGGAUCCGGUCAUUGCUCAAGAAGAAGAGCAUUUACGUCUCUUAGUCAAUAGAAUUGCAGCAUUGCGCCCUCACUUAGUUCUUGUCGAAAAAACUGUUGCUCGCAAAGCUCUUCAAAUGUUAUUAGAGAAACAUAUUGCUGUUGCAUUAAAUGUCAAAUCAUCAGUCAUCGAAGCCGUUGCACGUUGCGCACGAGCUGAUAUUAUUCAGUCUAUUGAUAAGCUUGUCUCUGAACCGAAAUUAGGCAAUUGUGGAACAUUUAUGGUUAAAACCUUCGACCAUAAACUCAUUCCAGGGCGACGAAAGACCUAUUUAUUCUUUGAAAGUUGUCCUAAAGAUUUAGGUUGCACUAUCGUUUUACGAGGUGGAAAUAUUGAAACUCUUGAAAAAAUAAAACGUAUUACUGAUCUCAUGGUAUUCGUGGUCUAUAAUUUAAAAUUAGAGACUGCUUUGAUAAUAGAUCAAUUCGCAAAAAUUCCUGCUACUAUUGAUGAAAAAAUUGACAGUAAUGAACACAUUUCUAAUUCUAUCUCUCGACCUGAUGAUGUGCCGGACCCUUUAGCGCCAUAUGAAUCAACUAUACUUUCUGUAUCCCCAUUCAUUAAAUUUCCACCACCUUAUCUGUUGACAAAAACUAAACAAGCUGAAAAAAGGCUUACAGAUUUAAUCAAUAAACGUAAUGCAACUACUAAUAAAGAUAAUGAUAAACAACAUUCAACAUCUACUUCUGUCGGACUUUCAGGCAUUUUACGUACUCCAGAACAAGUUAUAGCCGAAGCUGAAUUAGCUGAUGCCAUCCAUGAUCAUAUCUUUCAGAUGCGUGCUUGGGAAAGCUUUAUUUAUAAUAAUAUUGUUAGCCCCUAUGCUCAUCAAAAUAUAACCGUAUUAUCUUUUAAAGUUUGCACUGUAAAUGGAACUUCAUGUAGUGAACCCGAGAUUUUGGUUAUGGAAUAUUAUCGUGACUCGGAUCGUACACUUGGUCAAUAUUUAGAAGAAAUGUGUUCUAGAUCCGCUUAUUUAUGCAGCACGUGCGACCGUCCGCUACUCAUGCAUUAUCACAGUUUUUGUCAUGGAAAUUCUCGAAUAACUGUGUAUAUAGAAGAACAAGAUAUUCCUCAAUUAAAUGUGGACAAAAUAUUUAUGUCCACUCAUUGUAAAAUAUGUAAUGCUGAAACUGCACCUACAUUAAUGACCGAAGACACAUGGAAAUAUUCAUUUGGAAAAUAUUUAGAGUUAUCUUUUUAUCAAACUGAACUUUGGAGCCGAAUGGAAAAAUGUUCACAUAAUGUUUUUCGUGAUCAUGAUUUAUAUUUCCAUCUUAAUAAGCUUACGGUUAGAUUUAGAUAUGAAUCAAUUGAACUUUUAGAGGUAUAUGCACCACCUAUGCAUCUUUAUACAAAGCCUGAAGUUCAAAUUCGUCUUAAAAAUCAGGAUUUAGAUACGAUUCGACAUAAAAUAACGGAUUAUUGGGAUUCAGUAACCGAUAGAAUAAAAAAUUUCAAUUAUGAUAUCGUUCAACCAGAUAAGGUUGAAAUGUGCAAACAAGAACUGUUAGAAAUGUCUCGGAGAGUUGUAACUGAGAAGAAAUUUAUGCUUCAAAAGCUUCAACAAACGUAUGUUAAUAGCCCACCCGAGGACACUUUAGCAUUAAAUAAUGUAUUGUAUGUUCUCCAAGAUAAGGUCGUGGCAUGGGAAAAAGACUUUAAUGAUAUUGCUCGACAGUAUUUCCCUCGACUAACUGCGAAACAAAUACGGAGACUUUUUGUUGACAAUCACGAAGCGAUUACUUUAGGACGUGGUUAUUCUGGCACAUUUUUAAAUGACUUACCGUUGAUAAAUAUGGAUCUCGACGCUACAAUAGAUCCUUCUAGACAUGAAGAUUAUAUUGGUCCUACUAUUGUUCCUAAAUUAGGAAGUUCGCCUACAGCAGACCUUAUCUUGAAUGGACUUAAAGAAUUAGAUUUCUUUCAUGAAGGGGAAAUUGAAAGUCUUGAAAAUGACAUCGAAAAGGUCGCCUCACAAUUGACUUUGUUUCCGUUCAUGGAUCCAAAGGUUUCCAGGCGUUUAUCAAUGAAAUGGAUGCAAGAAUCUAAGUUAGGUCAAAGACAAUUAAUAAGUCGCACAGCUUCAGAUUCAAUAUUUCCAAUGAUUCUUGACAAACAAGAAGAAUCUGAAUCACUUACAGAAAGCGAUUUUUCACAACCAACUGAAAUACCUCGUAUAAUACCAUCCACUAUUAAACAGAAACAUACUGCUUCAUCACCUUUAUUGUUUACAUCUUUAGAUUCUCAUGAGAAUAGACGUAAUCUAUUGGAAAGAGAUAAGGAAAUUAAUGUACAGGAACAUCCAUCACUUAAAAGGGUGCAGGCACAUCUUAAGAAAAGUCAAAGUACAGCUUCUGAAAAAUCCGGAAUUCCUCGUCAAAAUUCAAAAUCUAGUCGAUCGACGUCAUUUAAGCACACGCCAUCUGAUGGUUUUGGACUCUCUCCAAUAAGAACUCAUGAACAUAAGAAAAGUAAAUUAGCUGGAUAUUAUAAACCAAAACGUAUUAGACCAACUAUUCUACCCUCGAAACCAACUAUUGAGGUUUUUAAUAAUGUGAAGGCUGCGACUGCAGAAGAAUCAGAAGAAGAGGAUUUUGAUGAAGGCGUAGAUGAUGAUAACGACCAAUUUUGUGAUGAUGAAACACGAGUUUUCUCUUUGAAUCGUACAGAUGCAUUUGACGAAUCAUUGGGAAUCGAAGAAUUUAUUCCACUACCAGCUCGUGAAUCAUCAUCUGACGAGUCAUAUAUCUAUAAUCCAACAUUAACUUUUCUAGGGAAAGAUUUCAACGAACCAACUACUCCAGUAUCUGAAUCAUUUUCAGGACCUGACAUUAAUUCUCAGACACCUUUCACUGGUAGAUUUUUACUUCCAAAUGAUACAAAUGAUUCUCAAAAUGGAACCAGAAAAGUAAUGCCACCAUUGAUGAGAUCUCUCGCAAGCUUUUGGACUGAUAAAAAAAAUUUAGAUCCGUUGAUUUAUCCUUUAAAUCCAACGGAACAUGUUUUUCCUGACUCUCCAAUUAUUGUGAGAGAAGAUGAACCAGGGUCAAUAAUAGCUUUUGCUUUGAGCUCAAAAGAAUACUUGGAAAAAUUGAAGAGUGUACAACAAACCAAUCUUAAUAAUGAUAUAUUCAUGUCAGGAGAUGAUCGAUUUAGUUCUAAAUCUUCUAACUUGAUUCUUGAUGGAGAUGAAGGCAUGGAUGUAGAAGAUAAUUUAUUAUCGCAUAUGAAAUAUCAAUUUUCGGGUGAUUCUACACAAUUCUUUUGUAAAAUUUUUUGUGCAGAUCAGUUUGAUGCACUUAGGCGUAAAUGCAAUUGUGACAGUACUUACAUACAAUCACUUGCACGAUGUGUGAAAUGGGAUUCUUCCGGAGGCAAGUCCGGCUCCGCUUUUCUCAAAACUCGAGAUGAUCGUUUGGUCAUGAAACAAAUUUCUCGCAAUGAAGUGGAUGCGUUUUUAAAAUUUGCACCGAAAUAUUUUGAAUAUAUUGCUAAUGCUUUGGUUCAUCUUCCCACUGUAUUGACCAAAAUUUUUGGGUUUUACCGCAUUGGAUACAAAAAUGAUCAAACAGGAAAGCAAAUGAAGAUAGAUCUAAUUGUUAUGGAAAACCUUUUCUAUGAGCGUAAAGUAUCUAAAAUUUUUGACUUAAAAGGGUCCAUGCGUAAUCGCCAUGUUCAGAGUACCGGGAAAGAAAAUGAAGUUUUAUUAGACGAAAACUUGUUAGAAUUAAUUAUGAAUGAUAAUCCGUUAUAUCUUCGAGAGCAUUCAAAGAAACUUUUGUAUGAAUCCUUGCACAAUGAUACAAUAUUCUUGUCAAGGCAUAAUGUAAUGGAUUAUUCUCUCUUAGUUGGAUUCGAUGAAGAAAAACAUGAAUUAGUCGUCGGAAUACUUGAUUUCAUACGGACGUUUACAUGGGACAAGAAACUUGAGAGUUGGGUUAAAGAAUCUGGAUUUUUAGGAGGUGGUGGGAAAGAGCCGACCAUUGUUACUCCUAAGCAGUAUAAAAAUAGGUUUAGAGAAGCUAUGGAUAGAUAUUUCCUUAUGGUUCCUGAUCGAUGGAUUGCCUAUAAAUCAUAUCGCAAGGCUGGCCCUAUUCUUUAA